AUGUCUCAUGAAAGUGACAAUAGGCGAUCGAAGCGUAUGCUUCUUUUGCUUUAUCUGACGGCCUUCCUCUUUUUCCUUGGAGAAAAUAUCCAACAAGCCCCACGAACCCAGAUCUACGAGACCAUUAUCUGCCACCGUAUCCUGCCAUGGAACUCGAACGACCCGCCAGCAAGGGACAGAUGCAAAAGCAAGGCUGUCCAGGAGGAACUGGCCUUCCUCAAGGGCACAGAGAGAUUAUUGGCAGUAUUACCUACCAUUCUUGUAAUUCCGUGGAGCAUUUUCGCUGAACGAUAUGGCCGCUGCCUUUCCCUGAAAUUGGCGUUGCUCGGCGUCCUGUGUGAAGAGGCGUGGAGCUGUCUCAUCUGCUGGUUUUCAGACUCGGCUCCGAUCCGCCUCAUCCUACUUGCGCCCUUAUUCGAAGUCGUCGGCGGCGGUCCUGCCAUCAUCAGCACUAUUAUACAUUUAUUGGCCACAGAGAUCACCACGGCUGAAACACGGACCUCAACCUUCUUUGUUAUCCGCGCCAUGGCAAUUGCAGCGGCCAUCCUGGCCCAGCUCGUGAGCUCGUUCCUCAUGACCCGUAAUGUCUGGGUGCCGUGGCUUUUGGGGUUACUCUGCAUUCUUCUCUCGGUGUUUGCCGUUCCGUUUGCGCCAAACCCCUCCACUGAGGAUUCUCUGGAUGAGAACACCGUGCUGGACCCAGGACAACAUAGUGCGCACGGUAUGGGUACCGUAAACCAGGAUAAUGGAUCCCUUGGCAACAAACAUGCUAGUAUACAAUCUCGCCUCGUCUUGGUGGUGGAGCAACUCCACGAAGGGGCAAGGGUUGUCUACGGGAACUUCUCGCUCACAGUAUUACUAGCGAUGUCAUUUUUGGGCGAGCUAUGCGAAGACUCGCUCGCUAUGAUUCUGUUACUUUAUAUCUCGAAAAGAUAUAGCUGGGAAUUCGCUCAGGCCAACUUUCUGUGGGCUCUAGGGGAGGCUGUGCAGUUUGUGUUCCUGAUUAUUCUUCUUCCGCAAAUCAGUACAAUGCUCUUAGCUCGUUUGAGGAUGAAUGCAUAUACAGCGGAUUUUACGAUAUCCAUUGCUAGCGCAACUAUUCUUUGUUUAGGAAGUUUCCUACUCGGGCUGGGCGUUUCUAUACCAGUUGCGAUCAUAGGUAUGCCUUCCUUCUACUUCAUGUCUCAGAACUAUCUCUAA